UAUCCACAAUUAUGAUAGGUUAAGGUCGUUACUCGUAUGCCAAGGGACAUAGAGACUGUUGAUAAGUGUGCUAUACCUCAAAUUAUAGAUUCUCCUAACGUCAAUUAAUUUAAAAGCUGCACUCAACCCAUGAGUUAUGAGAAUGGUGGACCUAACAGUUUGCCUACCAUUCUUUGUAGGAUUGUAGGUUAUAAAAGUAAAGUAAAAUGAUGAUAGUGACAAUGAGGAGCUUUCAUACGACACGAAAAAUGUAUCCACCAUCCAUGUGGCCAUUGGAUAAGAAACGAUGAUAAUGUCUUUAAAUUUAUCAACGGCUGGUUUUGAUUAUUAGUCACCGAUUACUUGAAGAAUGGGUAAGCCUUGUAAAAAAUAUACAUUUUAUGGUUGGUCCUAAACUAUGAAGAAUUUAGUUCUAUGUUCAGAAAUUGUGGAAUUUAUUUAUGGUGGAUCAAAAGCUAUAAAUGAUUCAUCAAGAUGGCAAUGAGGUUAUAAUUUUAUCAAGUAGAACUUUCCUCUCCUUGGGAGGAAUUUGAGAAUAGUCUUAAGCGGAACUAGCUCUCUGUUUAAGCAGUUCUUGAUCUUUGUGUUAUUAUCUUUUGUUUUGCUUAUUUAAGUCACUAAAAAAAAGCUAUAAAUGAUUCGUUGGUCGAGGGUACGUGUCAAUGAUAUAUCAUUAAACGAAUUACGGAUCAACUAAUAUAAGUCAACGACAAAAAUAGGUAGCUAGAAUAACUAGAUUCUCAGCACUUGAGUCAUAUAUGUUUGGCUCUGGUGUGUUUACUGUUUAGCCAUUAGAGAACAAGAAAUGGAACAUUUGGAGGAACCCAUAACACUUUUGGAAGAUGGUCUUUUGCAGAAUGAAGACUCUAUUCACACUGGAGAUGGGACAGUGAACAUCAAGGGAGAGGUUGCCAUCAAGAGCGAAGGUGGGACAUGGAAAGCAUGCCCCUUUGUUCUAGGUACUUUCUUCUGCGAACGGUUGGCCUAUUAUGGAAUUGCCAGUAAUCUUGUCACCUAUCUAACAACCAGACUUCAUGAAGGGCCUGUUUCUGCAGCAAGAAAUGUUACCACCUUUCAGGGAACAUGCUACCUUACACCUCUGCUUGGAUCCUUCCUUGCUGAUGCAUACUGGGGAAGAUAUCGGACAAUCGUUGUGUUCUAUGGAAUUUAUCUCAUUGGAAUCUGCACAUUGACCCUUUCAGCAAUCUUUUCAGCUCAAAGUGCUGUAUUCUUCCUUGGAAUCUAUUUGAUUGCAGUAGGGACUGGUGGGAUCAAGCCAUGUAUAUGGCCCUUUGGAGCAGACCAGUUUGAUGAUACAGAUCAUAAGGAAAGAGCAAGUAAAGCAUUAUUCUUCAAUUGGAACUACUUCACUAGCAACAUUGGUGCACUCAUAGCAACCACCAUAUUGGUAUGGACCGAAGAAAAUAUAGGAUGGGGACUUGGAUAUGGCAUUGCAGCAUCGUUUAUUGGUAUUGGAAUGAUAGUGUUCUUUCUUGGUACACGUACCUACCGUUUUCUUAGGCCAGGGGGAAGUCCUAUUACAAGAAUCUGCCAAGUGGUUGUUGCUUCUUUACAUAAGAGGAAAUUGGAGGUACCUCAAGAUACCUCUCUCCUCUAUGAAACUGUGGCAGAGAAUUCAUCUGUUGAAGGAAGUCUUAAACUCGAGCAUACCAAUGGAUUGAGGUGCCUUGACAAAGCUGCAGUGAAAUCAGAUAUAGAAAAAGGGAGUGAGGAAGUAACUAAUCCUUGGAGGCUUUGCACCGUGACACAGGUGGAAGAGCUGAAGAUUCUAAUCCGCAUGAUUCCAAUCUGGGCAACAGGAAUCAUCUUCAGUUCUGUCUAUGCUCAAAUGUCCUCGCUGUUCAUUGAACAAGGGAAAAUGAUGGACAGGACUAUUGGUUCUUUCACAAUUCCCGCGGCAUCUCUUUCAACUUUUAAUAUAGUUGGUGUCAUCAUUUGGGUUCUCAUCUAUGAUAGAGUGAUUGUUAAAGUUGCAAGACACUUCACUGGCAAUGCAAGAGGCUUCACAGUGUUGCAGAGAAUGGGAAUUGGCCUGUUUCUCUCCAUGACUUGCAUGUCAGCUGCAGCUAUAUUAGAGAGCAAGAGAUUACAAAUAGCACAAGAACAUGGAUUGGUAGAUGAAGAUGUUUCUAUUCCACUUAGCAUACUGUGGCAAAUACCUCAGUAUUUUUUGCUAGGUGCUGCAGAGGUGUUCAACUUUAUAGGACAGCAUGAGUUCUUCUAUGAGGAAGCGCCGGAUAGGAUGCGAAGUUUCUGCAGCGCGUUGGCGCUUCUGACAAAUUCACUGGGAAAUUACCUGAGUUCUUUUGUUGUCACAAUUGUUGCUAGACUCACAAGAAAGGAUGGAAGUCAUGGAUGGCUACCAGAUAAUUUGAAUGAGGGCCAUCUUGAUUACUUUUUCUGGCUUCUAGCUGCACUUAGUUUCUUAAAUAUGUUGGUUUACAUUGUCUAUGCUAGAAUGUACAAACAGAAGGCAUAUCGCAGGAACCUUUCUCAAAGGCUUAAUUAAUUUGUGUCUGGUAGAAUUCUAAAGAGAUGCUCUGAUCCUAGUCUUAGAAGAGCUGUUUGAGAUUUUGGUCACUAAUCCAAGAACUAGUAAGAAGUGAACCACUGUACUCACUACAAGAGAAUGAAACGGAAUGAGAGGAUCUUGUAUCCCCACUGCUGAAGCUGUUGUUAUUGUUGAUGUUAUCGGGUUGAAUCUAGCUUAGGUUUCAAGUAGUCAUCCCAUACCCAGUUCCCUAAACAUUUUCCUCGAUUGCUUUUAGUUUAUCAUCAAUACGUUUAAUUCAUAAAUUAUUAAAUUUAUGUUAAA